AUGUACUCCCUCCGUCCUGAAAAACACGUCGCAGGUGUAGUUCAUUGCCAGUUUUAUAAAAAAAGCCCUCGUAGUUUCAAAACAAUCACAAACAAGCCCUUCCACCCCGUCUUCUUCCUCCGCCGUCGCCCGUGCGUCUGCAGGGGGCGGCGGCGCCGCCAAGCUGCGCGAUUUGCAGCCCACCAGGAAGUGUUCCGCCUCCGUCGCCACGUACCUUCAACGCAGCUGCCGUCGCCAAGUACUUACUCCGCCACCGCCGCGUCGCCAAGUACUUACUCCGCCACCGCCGCGAUCCCAUCCCGCAGCGAUUACCUGCGAGCGUCGCUGGAAUUUCAACCACGAUCCGGUGGAGCAGGAGCUCCCUCUCAUCGUCCUCGAGCUCCCGCGAGUCCUCCUCGUGCUCCUGCAGUCCACCUUGAGCUGCCUCCCGUGCGCCACCGCGACCCACCUACGGGCAUCGUCGGAGCCGGCCUCCACGAUCCGGUGGACAGGAGCUCGCGCGCGUCCUCCGUGGUCUCCCACGUGUCGCCGUGGUGCUCCUUCUCUGCCUGCGUGCCCGCCGGUGGUGCUAGCCCGUGCUGCUGCAUCUUGUUUCUCCUCUGUUUCUCCCCUGCCACCGGUGGAGCUAACCCGUGCUGCUGCUGCUCCUCUUCCCGUGUUGAUGCUACUGCUCUGCCUGUGCUUCUGUUGCUGAUCCGUGCCGUGUUGCUGUUGUUGCUGUUGACUCCCGCCGUGACUGCUGCUGCUGGUGCUAUUUGCACUCUGAAGAAGGUACUCCAUCAGAGUACUGCUACCUGA